GUAUGUACAGCUCAUUUCCCGAUACAACGAGUAAGUGUCCUACCUCCCCCCGAGUCACCCCCAGAAUCGAAAUGUGGCGUCCAUGAACCAGGCUGGACAGUGGACAUCUAUCACUCGAAGUGCUCGAACUCGAACUUCCUAGCUCGUACUGUAUCCGCCGAGGUCGAGACUCUCACGACUCGAGAGGCCACGCUCAAUAAAUGACGUCAAAUGGCAGCCACAGCAAUUAUUGCCAGCACCAACACCUCGGUAUUAGGUAACGGUCAAAGGUCACAGGUCAAUGCAGGCCUCUCUCCAGACUUCAGAGCUCCAAAGCUCCAAAGCAACCCUUCCAGCUCGCCAGGCCUUUUUCAAAACAUCCCCUGUCCACACACUCACACAACUUGACCUCAACGUUGAUCCUGGUAGAUGGUGAUGUGUUACCAACACCAGUGCUUCAUCUAAACCGCACCCUACUGUGUUUAACCCACAACUGGUGCACUCAGAGGAUCGACUGAGGAUCGACUGAAGAUGUCGACUCACAGGGCCACUACUGUGACCUCGCGGCGAGCCUCGCUCACCUCCCAACAACAACAACAACAACAACGCAGGAGCUCCACGCACCACCAAAAUGCCGACAGCGCAGCAGCCCUCGCCAAACUCGGCUACGUCAGCGAACUCCCGCGGAACCUCUCCAUGAUGUCCAUCCUGGGCCUAUCGUUCGCCAUCAUGGCCGUGCCCUUCGGCCUAAGCACGACCUUCUACAUCACGCUGACCGACGGCCAAUCCGUGACCAUCCUAUACGGCUGGCUCUUCGUGUCUCUAAUCUCGCUUGCCAUCGCCGCCUCCCUGGCCGAGAUCUGCUCCGUCUACCCUACCGCGGGCGGAGUCUACUACUGGUCCGCCAUGCUGAGCACCAAGAAAUGGGCGCCCCUGGUCUCCUACAUCGACGGCUGGCUGACCCUGAUCGGCAACUGGACCGUGACCUUGAGCAUCAAUUUCAGCGGAGGCCAACUGGUCCUGUCCGCGAUCACGCUGUGGAAGGAAGACUUCGUCCCCAACGCGUAUCAGACGGUCUUGAUGUUCUGGGCCGUCAUGCUCCUCUGUAUGCUCGUCAACAUCUUCGCGGCCCAGUACCUGGACCUGAUCAACAAAAUAUGCAUCUACUGGACAGCCGCAUCGGUAGUCAUCAUCAUGAUCACCUUGCUGGCCAUGGCCGACAACAAACGAAGCGGUGCCUUCGUCUUUUCGCACUUCGAUGCCUCGGCAAGCGGCUGGCCGAGCGGGUGGGCCUUUUUCGUCGGCCUUCUUCAGGCCGCUUAUACCCUCACAGGCUAUGGCAUGGUGGCUUCUAUGUGCGAGGAAGUCCAACAGCCGCACCGAGAAGUCCCAAAGGCCAUGGUGCUAUCUGUCGCAGCUGCCGGCAUCACCGGAGUUAUAUACUUGAUCCCCAUCCUAUUUGUCUUGCCUAACGUGCAGACCUUGCUGGGUGUCGCCAACGGCCAACCAAUCGGACUGCUCUUCAAGACCGUCACCGGCUCAGCUGGCGGCGGCUUCGGUCUGUUGUUCUUGAUCUUGGGUAUCUUGUUCUUUGCUGGCACCGGCGCCCUUACCGCCGCAUCCCGCUGCACAUAUGCCUUUGCCCGAGAUGGCGCUAUUCCCGGCUCCCGGAUCUGGUCGCGCGUCAACCAGAGAUUCGAUAUCCCUCUCUGGGGUCUGGUCCUCUCGACCGUCGUCGACUGUCUUCUCGGCCUGAUAUAUUUUGGUUCGACCGCCGCCUUCAAUGCCUUCACUGGUGUCGCCACCAUAUGUCUGAGCACGAGUUAUGGCAUCCCCAUUUUGGUCAACGUCAUUCGUGGACGAAAAGCGACAAAACAUGCCACCUUCAGUCUCGGCAAAUUCGGCUUUUUUGUCAAUAUCGCCACAGUUUGCUGGAUUGCUCUUGCCGUCGUUCUUUUCUGCAUGCCAGUCGCCAUUCCGGUAACAGCCACGAGCAUGAAUUAUGCAUCGGUUGUCUUUGCCGGCUUUUCGUCCAUUGCCAUUUUCUGGUACUUCAUCAGCGCGAGAAAAAGCUUCACGGGCCCACCAGUUUUUAGUGAUGUAGGUCCAGAUGAAGGACUUGCCGUUGCAACUCAAGGAGAGAAACCUCAUGACGUCGAAGACAGAGCAGAGGACAAGGCGGUAAAUCAGCCGAAGCCCAUCUGAGGGCCUUCCAGAGACAAAAGCUUCAAAAUGAAGCGCGUUAACAGUCC